AUGCACUCACGAUCCCGAGCUCGAGCCUUGAACGCCGCACGAAGAAUCGGAAGACACAGAGGUUAUGGUAAGAGAAAGGGUACCGCAGACGCCAGAAUGCCAAGCCAAGUACUCUGGAUGCGACGACUCCGAGUCCUUCGACGUUUGUUGGUCAAAUACCGAGCCGCUGGCAAGAUUGACAAGCACCUAUACCACUCCCUAUACCAGGAGUCUAAGGGUAACACCUUCAAGCACAAGAGAGCUCUCGUUGAACACAUCCACAAGGCCAAGGCUGAGGCGCAGCGUGAGAAGACCCUCAAGGAGCAGAUGGACGUAAGACGUGCCAAGGUCAAGGCUGCCCGAGAACGACGAGUCGAGCGCAAGACUGCCAAGGCCAACGCUCUCACUGGUGAAGAGGAGACUGCACAGACCAAAGAGACAUAA